CUCUCUGUCGCCAUCAGUCUCUUCCUCCUCGCUGGGGCUACCUUGAUGCUCAUCUUUGUCGUCAUGUCUGGCUCCACCACCAGCUUUCCCAUCAACAGACUCUACUGGGUCGAAGGCGACACCUCCCUCAUUUCAAAUGCUCCUGAUGUCACCAGAUGGACCUUCUGGGGAAGAUGCGAAGAAAUCUCCAGCAGAAACAGAAACUGCGACCAUCUAGGCCCUGCAUACCCCAUUUCUCCUUACACCAACUUUGAUACCACUGUUAAUGUUCCUGAAAAAUUUGUCAAUGAAGAGGACACCUUUUACUAUCUCUCUAGAUUUGCCUUUGGUUUGUUCUGGACUGGUCUAGUUUUCACAGGCGUCUCCUUAAUAACUGAAAUCUUUACUUUAUGCUCCCACACUUUUCAGAAAAUUGAAGUCGUAUUCAUCUCUCUAGCUUUAUUCACUACUCUAACUGCUACCUGUUUAAUAACUGCCUGUGUUGUCUUGGUUAGAAAUGCUUUUCAUGAUGCUGAUUUAGAUUCUGAAAUUGGCUCAAUAAUGAUUGGUCUCAUCUGGGCUUCC